GUCUGGACUGAACUCAUGGUAAAUUCCCUUUUCUUUCGAAGCUCCUUUGGGAAAAUGAGUUACACCAAGCAGGUCACAAAGGCUUGGUGUUCUUUUCCCACUUCGUAUAUAAUACCCCCAGAUAUCUGCACUGUUGAAGUAGAAGCUCAAAACGGAGACGGGAGCACGAAAUCUGACAUCACAAGCUGGAACCUAGACCACAUAGUGAAAACUGAACCACCUAUAAUUUUAAGCGUGAAUCCAAUUUCGCGUCAGAUGUUCCAGAUACGGUGGAAACCCCAUGAGAGGAUUCCUGUCUAUGCUCUAAGGUGCAUCCUUCGGUUCAGGGCUGUGAACAGUACCCACUGGAAAGAGGUCAGUUUCGAGGAUCAUAACAAGGUAUACAACCUCACGGGGCUUCAGAUUUUCACGGAAUAUGUCAUAGCUCUGCGAUUCAGGACCAGUGAGUCAAGAUUUUGGAGCAACUGGAGCGAAGAAAAAACUGGAGUGACUAUGGAGGAAGUUCCGCACAUCCCGGAUCUGUGGAGAGUUGUGGGCCCCGCCGGCAUGGACGGAGUGAGGAAGGUGGUACUGCUGUGGAAGAAGGCAAAAGGAGCCCCCGUCCUGGAGAGAACACUUGGCUACAACAUACAGUACUUUGCAGAAAACAGCACCAACCUCACAGAGAUAAACAAUGUUACUAACCAGCGGUAUGAACUGCUUCUGACGGGUCAGACAUACCGUGUGUCUGUGACUUCUUUUAAUUUUCUUGGGAAAUCUCAAGAGGCCGUCCUGAGGAUCCCAGCUGCUCAUGAGGAGACCAUCCAGUGCAUCAGAGACAUGCAGGCCCGCCUUGCUGAGCCUCUGCUGGUGGUGGAGUGGGAGAGCUCAAUUCCUGAGGUGGACUCUUGGGUGGUGGAGUGGCUCCCAGAAACGGCAGAGUCGGAGUUCUCUGCCCUUUCCUGGGAGUCCGUGUCUCACGUCACAAACUGGACCAUUGAGCAAGAUAAAUUACAGCCUUUCUUGUGCUAUAAUAUAUCAGUGUAUCCAGUGCUGGGACAAGAAGUGGGCCAGCCAUAUACCAUCCAGGCUUACGCCAAAGAAGGAGCUCCAUUAGAAGGUCCUAGGACCAGGGUGGAGAACAUCGGUCUGAAGACAGCCACAGUCGUGUGGGAAGAGAUUCCCAAGAGUGAACGAAUGGGAUUUAUCAAUAACUACACCAUAUUUUGCCAAGCUGAAGGUGAAAAAGAAUUCUCCAAGACAGUUAACUCACAAGUCCUGCAGUACAACCUGGAGUCUUUGACACGAAGGACCUCUUAUACCGUAUGGGUUGUGGCCAGCACUGGAGCUGGGGGGACCAACGGGAAAACAAUAAACUUCAGGACCUCGUCAAUCAGUGUCUUUGAAAUUAUCCUCCUGACAUCUCUGGUUGGAGGAGGCCUUCUUUUCCUUAGCAUCUUCACGGUGACGUCUGGUCUCAAAAAGCCAAACCGGUUGACUCAUCUGUGUUGUCCUGACGUUCCCAACCCUGCUGAAAGUAGUUUAGCCGCAUGGAUCGGAGAUGAUUUCAAGAGGAAGUCCAGUCCGAAGGAGUCUGACAACCCUGGGAACACAGAAGACAGGAUCCUAAAACCAUGCUCUGUCCCCCCUGACCUCAUUGACAAGUUGGUGGUAAACUUUGGAAACUUUCUGGAAGUCCUUUCCACAGAGGAAGCUCGGAAAGGUCAGGAGAGCAUUCUGGGAGGAGAGGCGAAUGAGUACGUGACUUCUCCGUCUAGGCCUGACUGUCCCCCGGGGGAAAGCUUUAAAGAGCCCCCUGCAACCAGGGUUAUUCCUGGAGACACCCAUGACCAGUGUUCGGGAAUGACAGAAGAGACAUACACAGAAUUCAAUGAGCAACUUCUGUCUUCUGGUCAGAGUCCAGAACCAGAGCCUCUCAGUGAGGAGCGACCUCCGAAUCCGUAUCUGAAAAAUUCAGUGACCACCAGGGAGUUUUUAGUGCAUGGAAAUAUCCCAGGGCACACCAAGAGAGAAAUCUAAGCACCGCUGUGGACUGAGCCCUCGCAGACUGCGUGGGUCUCUUCCCUAGCAAAGAUACCGAGAUUUCCAGAAGCCUUCUUUGGCCCCUCCCCAUUCAUUUUGCUGCUAAGUUUCUUGGAACAUGGUGACGCAGAUGUCAACUUGUUCUAGGAAGAAGAAAAUGCUUCAUAAGGAAAAGCAAGUCACUUUCUUCCGAGUACUCUCACCCAGCCCCUUUGAGACAAUGACUUGGAGAGAAUGACCCAGUUUCGAAACCUAAAGGACCAAGUUACCCAGCCAUUGCUGAAGCUGCCCUCAGGGCUCCAGGACAGUUGUUUGGUUGGCACUCGAUUCCUGUGGGAACCUGAUCACUACCCUUCCUCACCCUGUCCCUGAACAAGAUUUCUCUUUUUGGUGCAGAGGCCAGGAAGUGGAGCGGCUUCCUAAUGGUUUGCCAGGCUCCUCAGCUUCACGUCAAGGGUCUUCCUCAAUGCCCUUCUCGGGACUCUCCAUCACCGAUUUAUAUUUAGUUUUUUAUUUUUUUGCAACACUCGGGGUUGAACCCAGCAGGGUCUUGUUUAUGUUAGGCAAGUACUCACCACAUCCCAUCCGCCCCAAGUUUAUUACACAGACUGCUGGUAAGUCAGGAAAUGGGAGACACUCCAGAAAGACACUGGCCUGGACCGUGGGCUAGGUAGCAGGUAUGCCUGUGCUGUUGGCCUUUUCUCAGCUCACAGUGGUCUUCUGGCUUGCGUUAUAUCUGGUAGUAGCAGGCACCAAACAUUGCAGUGGCUUUUGUUCAGAGACACUGCCCCUCACGCUGGCGUGGAGCCCAGGAAUGCUUACUGAGCAGCCCGGAAAAGGUCUCUCCCAGCCACAUACAGUCAGGGCCUGGGAGCACACUGUACUCAGCAACUUUACUGCCGUAUCCUGAGACCUCUGCCCCUUUGCUAUAGCCACGCACAGAGCUAGGGACCAGAGGGAGUCAGGGGUUUAUUUGCUUGGGAUUGGGGAACUGUGCAGCUGUGCACAGUGGUGGGCCAGGUCCCCAGGAACCUGAUGAGAUCAUGUGGGCGGGGCAGUGGCUGAGUGGCAGGAGGUGCAGAGGGCUGUGCAGCCAGGAAGCCUGCUGGUACUUUCCUCUAGCAGUGUUUGAGUAGGCGGUGCUUGGGUUACAGACAUACAUUUCAUAAGCCAACAUUCAGGUGUGCAAAUGCAUCACUUUCCUUUCCUCUCAGUAGAAUUCAUCUCCAGCCCAAGACCCUGACAUUUCGAGAUAACGACAGACCAAUGUUCCUGUCAAGACUUGACCUCCCUGGUCCUCCCUGGGACGGAUUAUGAGGGUGUUCGAGAGGCUGGCAUCUGCAGGGCUGCGCUCCAAGUCUUCUAGAGUAAUUUGUUUGUCCAGACAUGGUUUGAUCAGUGGACUCACGCAUUUGUCCUUUUGGGCCUUAAGUCACUUGGCUGCAAUCUUACUGUGGGCACAGGAAGUUGAGGCUGCUUCCUGAAGCCUCCCUCCCUCCCUCCAUAGACCAUUUAAAAAACAUGUCUCAGUGGCUGCAGUCUUUCCCAGCCCCGCUCUUAGUCCCUAGUGAAAGUUUAUAGAUCAGGGAAGCAGGGAGGGACCUGAGGGGACCCGACUCUCACUCUGGAGAUCACCCCCCUCUCCCUUGUCUUGCUCUCAAGCCUGGGAAGUGAUUUAACCAAAGGGCCAUUUGAUCCUAGGCUGCCCUAAACCUAAACUGGUUCUCUUCCUGCUGUGUAGCUCAGCACAGCUCCUCAGAGCCUCUCCCAGGAAUCCCUGACUGGGGAGGCUCAACUCAGCCUUCCAGCUUGACCUGGGGAGGGAUAAAAAAAGGGCACUCCCAUACCUCUUCUCUUCGACCCUUCAGCCUCUUGCUGGGGGAUCGUGGGAGGUUAGUGGAGCUGGCAGAGUCUCAAAGAGGUCACGGGAAAAAGGCAUGAUGAUGCUUUUGAAUCUAAAUCCCAUGAACAGUGGGGAGAGAGAAAAAGAGAGGUGGAGAGAACACACACACACACACACACACACACACACACUGCCCUCUACCUACCUCUGCUACCCUGGCAUCACAAAUGCCAGCGGCAUCCUGGGCUGCCUUUUGCACCAGCUGUCCUGCCCCCUUCUGUUUUAUUUCAGCCUUCCGGGUUUGCCUUCGGUCUGCCUUCCACUCUUUCCAGGGGCUCUCUCCACUUCUUUUCAGUUCUUUCUCUCCCUCUCGGCUUCCCUGUGCCACAUCCCAGAUUUACUUUUGUUGCCUUUGAUGGGUAGGAUUGAUGAAGGCCUUGUGUUGUCCCAGGUGGGCUUUGGGAUGGUCCCAGCAGAGCCAGGUCUAGGGACAGUUGGUUUUCUAAUCACACUGCGUUCUCCAGGUGGAAUCACAGGAUGCAGGCUCAGAGGCCAUGAUGGAUUCCUCUCCUGAAUCCAGUAAGUCACCACAGGCGUCCACUCUUAGCAUCCAGGGGGUUGCCCUCAUGGAUAAAGUUGCCCUCAUGGAUAAAGACAUCUCUUUACUGUCAAAGAAAAAGGAUGAGCCAACCAAUGUAGGAGCCAGCCUUGAUAAGCUAAAUAGAAACAGAUCACCCAAAGGAAGUUCUUUACUUCUAACCAUUAUCACCUGCCAGAGUAGGACUCAACCAUAACAAGUUUAAUGGAGGCCUGAGUCUCAGUUGUUUACCCUGAAACAACACCCGGUUGCAGGAAGAACCACAAACUUACCUGAGAUUACCUGAGCAAACCAUCCAAAGGAAAUGCCUAACGUUCUAACCUGAAAUUAAAAUUUCAGGGCUUGCAAAUGAAGCUUAAUGGAGGAGGGGCUAACCAUGCCUCAUUUACCUAUUAUCUGUGGCUGCUCCCCUUUCUGCCCAAAAGCAACUUCAGUAACUGGCAGAGACUUCGGACGGCAGAGCCUGUGGUGUUUCCCAUUUGGCCCUCUGCCGAAGCUCUGGGGACAUCUGCUCCUGUGUAAGGCUCAGAUACCAUUAACUCUGAACCAGCUGCUAAAUUAAAAAUGAAAAGGAAAAGAAAAGCAGGGGACUGAGAGGCGGCUUAGCCGGUAAGAGUGUUUGUACCUGAGUGCAAAUCCCCAGGACCCACAUAAAAAUCUGGGUGUCACCAUACAUGUUGAUAACCUCAGGGCUGCAGGGUGGAGACAGGAGGGUUCCUGGGGGUGUGCUAGCCUCCAGCCUGGCUCCUCAUUCAGUGGCAGACCAUGUCUCAAGGGAAGAAGACAGAGAAUGAUGAAGGAGGACACCUAGCCUCUCUCUCUGACCUCUAGGCACAUGCAUGGACACACAUACCUGCACACACAUGGACAUACAUCAUACACAUAUGUAGGCACACAUCCCACAACAAAAUAAGGAUAUCUUUCUGAUUUUCUAGUUGAGUACCUGCCUCCUAUAGAAAGGCACACACUGUGGCCCCCAGCCCUUAUCACUUCCUAUCUUCUACCAAGCUCGCAUCUGUUUUUUGUUUGUACUGGUUGUUCUCAAUCAGGGUGAGUUUGCCCUCCCACCUACAAUGUCAGAGGAGCCAUGCCUGGAGAUGCUUUGACUGUCAUGGCAGGGAUGGGUGCUACUGGCAUCUAGUGGACAGCUGCCAGCAGGGCUGAACGCUCGCCUACAGGGCACGGCCAGCCUCAUCCUCAUGGCUAAGGAAGUGGUCUCUAGAUGCCAGCAAUGCUGAGGUGGACUGCCUAGAAUAGCCGCCCUAAACGUCCAUGUGUUUGCACGCUGUGGCUUGUGAGACAGUCCUUAGUCAACACAGUUGUGCUGAACAUCUUUUUAGUACAGAGAGUGACUACGAUAAACAUCUUUGUUCAGGGUAGCUUUUCUUACUUUUGUCCUGUCUACUUGGAGCUGUUUACAAAGUCGAAUUUGCUGAAGGUUUUAUGAUCACAUCUUGCCUGAUAUGACCUCUUAAGGCUACAGUGAUUUUUGGUGUUACCAGAGAUGCCUGAGUGGUAGUUGGUACUUUUCCAUUGACAGCCUGCUCUUUCACUGCUGUGAGCUUGAUUUUGCUUUUGUUAAUUGUUUUUUGAGAACGUUAACUAUGAUAAGUGUAAUGGUCUGUCCUGUCUCUUUAAGAGACAAGCCCCGCCCAUUCCCUUCCCCACCCCCCCCCCCAGGCAAGCGGAUCUUCUAUCCAUCCAGCUUGAGUUCCUUCUUCUGCAUCUCUUUCCCAAAGAGGUAGCUUCUCUUCUCCUCUCCUCCUCCACUCCGCCUCCCCAUUUCUCUUUCUCUCUCUGCCUCUCUUUGUUCUUCCCCCCUU